AGGAGUAGGGGUAAAGGUGCACGUAGAAAAGGAUUUCGUGCCCCUUGCGUUCUUCUCACUCGAUAAUUUGUAUCAUAUGAUAAAGAAAAUCUUGCUCUUUUUAGUCUGUUUUAAAAAUGACAUCGUUUUUGAAAGCUAUUAAUGGACUUCAAUUAUUUCAGAAAUUCUUGAAACCAAGUAUCAGCAUAACUGCUACUUCAAAGCGAGACAGACAUAUCCGUAAUAAUAUACCUAGAUACCGUCAUCCAGAGUGGCUCCCAAGAGUUACACGUGUUAAAUACAACGAACAAUUAACAGAAGAUAAUAAUGAGUUUUUAAAAGAAGUAACUCAAGACAAAUAUGGUCCAGAUAAUAUUGAAUAUGGAAUGAAUAUUUCUCCAUUAAAAAUAGAUCCAAUUGAACCAGUCGCACAAUGGAGGCGAGGUCUGCGACGUACUGGCUUAAUUGCUAAGAAAAUUGGAGUUUAUCCAUUAUGGUUGAAAAAUGGAAAAAAGGUUCACUCGACAUUACUUCAGGUUGUUGAUAAUGAAGUAGUAAAAUAUAUACCACCAGAGAAAUUUUAUCCAGUUAAAAGCAAACCUCCGUUACAAAUAAAAAGGAGACUAGGAUGUCUUGUAGUAGGAGCGGAAAAUAUAGAUCCGCGAUCGAUUACAAAAGAAUAUUAUGGUAUCUUCAACGCUUCUGGAGUUAUGCCAAAACGUAUAUUAAAAAGAUUUAUGAUAUCUCCUGAAGCGGCAUUACAACCGGGAACUCCUUUGACUGUUGCACAUUUUAAACCAGGAGAAGUCAUCGAUAUUCGUGCAAAGACGAUAGACCGUGGGUUCCAAGGUGUCAUGAAACGAUGGGGCUUCAAAGGAAUGCCUGCCAGUCAUGGUGUAACUAAAACGCAUAGAAGACCUGGAAAUAUUGGAUCAGGCGGUACUAAAGCUCGAGUCAUGCCUGGCACAAAAAUGCCCGGACAUAUGGGUAAUAGGUGGCGCAUCCAAAAAGGUGUUCAGAUUCUACGAAUAAAUACAAAAUAUAAUGUAAUUUGGGUCAAAGGACAUAAUAUACCUGGAGAAACCAAUACUUAUUGUCAUAUCUACGAUACAAUACUUCCUUUGAAACGACAUAAAAAAGCGCCACAUUUCCCUACAUAUUUACCAAGUAUCACUGAAGAAUCGCUUCCAGAAGAACUAUACGCAGAUGAAAUACAUCCAUUUGUAGAUCCCACAAUAGAAUUUAAAGAAGAAUCUUAAUUGUGUAUAUCUCUGUAUGAUAUAAAUUCAAUAAAAGAAUUAUAUAAUUUAUAA